UGAGUUCUGAGAGCUCGCGCGCAGCCUGGGAGUUCCGUUCAGUUCCAUUGUGAGAGAAGGACUCUCGAGAGCUUGUAUGGAACGCUGAAGCUUCAGAACGCACAGUGGAUCCGAGCUGCUCCACAGACUGACAACUCACGCGUCAAACUGGGAUUAUUACCGUGCACCUGAAUUAUAAAAUAUCAAGAGUCUGAAGACAUGGAAUCAACAAAGCAAGGAGGAGUGAUAGCGUACGUCUGCUCCUCAAGCUCCGCCCCCAUCCUGGAGUCCUGCAUGAGUGACAGCUCCCCAUCAUCCUCCCCGCCUCUGCCCACUAAACUGAGCCGCCUGACAGACCUGCCCACCGCUGGACUGCUGUCGAAACACCCCCGUCGACAUGCGUCUGACAAGACCCUCGCUGCCAAGAGCUCCAUCACCAAGCUCAACGGGAUGGUGCUGCUGUGUAAAGUGUGUGGAGACAUCGCCUCGGGCUUCCACUACGGUGUUCAUGCCUGUGAAGGCUGCAAGGGCUUCUUCAGAAGAAGCAUCCAGCAGAAUAUCCAGUAUAAGAAAUGCCUGAAGACAGAAAGCUGCAUUAUAGUGCGAAUAAACCGCAACCGCUGCCAGCAGUGCCGCUUCAAGAAGUGUUUAUCAGUCGGCAUGUCCCGAGACGCUGUGCGUUUCGGACGCAUCCCGAAGCGGGAGAAGCAGCGGAUGCUCCUGGAGAUGGAGACGGCCAUGAAUAACAUGAUGAACAACAGUCAGCUGCAGCACAUGCUUCACAGCGACUCCAGCUCCUCCUUACCAUCGCCGCCGGAUUCACCGCACUCCUCCUCCGAUCUCUCCCGGGACUCGGAGUCAGCCGUCCCUAUGGACACGGCCUCGUCCUGUUCCUCUGACAGCGGGGAGGAAGACGUGCUGAGCUCCAGACGCGUUCCCCUCGGGUACAGCUCCGAAUCGCUCAGCAGCUGCUGUAAGGAGGAGCCGCCACAGGAAUGCUGGAGCCGCUGGAACGAGAGCAGCGCUGCCGACAACAACCUGCAAACCACCGCUGGACCUUACAGGGAACACAUGACCCAACAGUGCCGCCGAAACCCAGAACACACAAACAACAUGAACAACAUCCAGCCUGGAGGAAACAGAGGACAUCUGGUGUGUCCCAUGAGUGCUUCCCCCUUCGUGGACCCCUGCAAGCGCGGUCAUGAAAUCUGGGAGGAGUUCUCCCGAAGCUUCAUCCCUGCUGUACGAGAAGUUGUGGAAUUUGCCAAGCGGAUCCCGGGCUUCCAGGACCUUUCCCAACACGACCAAGUCAACCUCCUCAAGGCGGGAACGUUCGAGGUGCUGAUGGUGCGCUUCGUGUCGUUGUUCGAUGUGAAAGAGCGGACCGUGACGUUCCUGAGCGGGAGGAAGUUCAGCGUGGACCUGUUGCGCUCCAUGGGCGCCGGAGAGCUGCUCAACUGCAUGUUUGAGUUCAGCGAGAAGCUCAGCGCUCUGCAGCUCAACGAAGAAGAGAUGACGCUCUUCUCCGCCGUGGUGCUGGUGUCUGCAGACCGAUCGGCCAUCGAGGAUGUAAACGGCGUGGAGGCCCUACAGGAGACCCUGAUCAGAUCUCUGAGGAACCUGAUCAUGAAGAACCACUCGAACGAAACUGCCAUCUUCACCAAGCUGCUGCUGAAGCUGCCUGAUCUGCGCACGCUCAAUAACAUGCACUCCGAGGAGCUGCUCGCCUUCAAAAUCCAACCUUGAAACCCCUCUAUCCGACCAACCCGGGCUGUAAAUCUCCCUCUUGAAUGUAUUCACAGGCUUCUUUACUGUUUUGGAAUCUGAUUUGCUCAUCACGCACAAGCAAAGGUUGUCUGCGUCUCACACCGGACUCUUCCUCAGCAGCGUAUCAUCCUUUCAUUAUGUGCAAUAGCUGCUAACGCAUGGCUAUUUCUAUAAGAGCAGCUUUAUCUCGUACAAAAAGAUUGAUUGUGUGUUGUAUAUGUAAAUAUAUAUGAUGUAAUUUUAUUCUUGAACGUAUGUCUUUUGCAAGUUGGCAUCAUUUAGCCUGUAUGACGGGGCAAUGCUUUUGCACGAGGUGUCGAGGAACAUAUGGGGUGCAUUCGACUACCCUGACACCAUAAUAACAGUGCCGAGUUAUAAUUUAUGAGUUGGAGUCACUUUAAAUGGUGUUUUUCUCUAGACCACGUACAGAGAUGUGUUAUUAGUCUUCCAUUACGCAGCGGGAAACGUGUGGACGUGAACAAAACUAUGAAAGAGAUGGAGUUUAUUUAUAGACAUUUGUACAGAUUGCCUUAUCUCUUUUCGCCACAUUUACUGAGACGGGGAACAUUUGCGGAGCAGGGUGACGAGGUUAAAGUCCCAGUUAUUUUGGGAUGCGCUGCUCCUGGUUUACUCUAUGCAUCUGGAAGCAUCUUGACAAUAUGGACAUUUCUCAGCUUGUAACCCACAGGAAAAGACGGACUUCUCUCUCGAUCGGCUCUGGGGUGUCCAUGUUUUUUGUUUCCUUAUAAAAACAGUGCAGUACUAUGUAUAGUAUGUGUAUAU